AUGGAGUCCCUCCUCCCACCCACCCACCGCGCCCUCCUCCUCCCCUCCCGCUCCGCCCCGCUCCACAUCUCAACCACCCAACCCACACCCACGCCCACCCCCGGCAGCGCCAUCAUCCGCAUCCUCGCCGCCGGCAUCCUCAGCUACUCCGGCCAAAUCUACACCGCGGGUGGCGGCCGUGACUACGCCUUCCCCACCCCGCUCGUCCCGGGCGCCAGCGCCAUCGGCCGCAUCGCCGCCGUCGGGCCCGACGCCACCCUCCUCGCGCCCGGCGCGCUCGUCCUGCUCGACGUGACUAUCCGCGCACGCGACGACCCAGACGGCGCCAUCAUGCUCUCCGGCAUCGUCGAGGGCUCCGCGCCGAAGCUGAUGCGCGGCGAGUGGCGCGAUUCGACGUAUGCGGAGUUCGUAAGGAUGCCGCUUGAGAACUGCAUUGCGGUUGAUGAGGCGCGGUUGUGCGGGGAGCUGGGGUACGCGGUGGAAGAGCUGCUGGCCGUGUCGACGAUGGCGGUGGCGUUUGGCGGGCUCGAUGAUGUUGGGGUGAGGCCGGGCGAGACGGUGGUCGUGGCGCCGGCGACGGGGAAGUUUGGGGGCGCGGCGGUGAGGGUGGCGCUGGCGAUGGGGGCGAGGGUCGUGGCGAUGGGGAGGAAUGGGGGGCUGUUGGAGGAGUUGAGGGGGUUGGGGGGUCCCGGGGGUAGGGUGGAGGUGGUGAGGAUUUCGGGGGAUGUGGAGGGGGAGACGGAGGCGUUGAAGAAGCUCGGGCCGAUCGAUGUGUGGUUCGAUAUAUCGCCGCCGAUGGCGGCGGGGUCGAGUCAUUUGAGGAGCGUGAUGGGUGCGCUGAGGAGGGGCGGUAGAGUGAGCUUGAUGGGUGGGGUGCCGGCGGACUUCUCGUUCAACUAUCGUGGCCUGAUGAGGCAGAAUAUCACUAUCAAGGGGACCUGGAUGUAUACGAGAGAGCAGUAUGUGAGACUGCUACAGAUAGUCACUGCGGGAAUUUUGCCUCUGGGGAAGAAGAACGGAUUGAAUAUCGUUGGCAAAUUUGGACUUGAGCAGUGGAAGGAGGCAUUUGAUGCAGCAGCUGAACGUUCGGGGCCGGGAGAAUCUGUUAUAUUCGUGCCUUGA